AUGGCUAUGUCUGUACCAAAGUCGGGUUAUGCCCGUUUUAUGAAGGAAGGCGCAAUGCAUUUCAAAGGAAUGGAGGAAGCUGUUUCUCGAAAUAUUGAAGCCUGCAUGGAAUUGGCUUUGCAAACACGUUCUUCAUAUGGACCUAAUGGAAUGAAUAAAAUGGUAAUUAACCGUCUGGAGAAAUUGUUUGUUACGAAUGACGCUGCUUCAAUCCUCAACGAGUUAGAGAUUCAACACCCUGCUGCUCGUAUUAUAGUCCUGGCCGCUCAAAUGCAAGAAAAACAAAUUGGUGAUUGCACAAACACGGUUGUUAUUUUUGCGGCUUCUUUGUUGGAGCAGGCUUCGCAGUUGCUUUCUAUGGGAAUUAAACCUAUCGAAAUUGCGUCUGGCUAUGAACAAGCGUUGGCUAAAGCUGAAGAAAUUCUACCUAAAUUGGUUAUCGGGAAAGCCGAGGAUUUGUAUAACGUGGAUUUGGUUAAAACCUACUUACUCCCGUCAAUUACUUCGAAACAGACUGGAAACCAUGAUUUUGUUGCUGGAUUGGCUGCUGAUGCUUGCGUUAAAAUUGCUCCCAAAAACGUGCACAAUUUCAACGUUGACAACAUUAGAAUCUGUAAAAUUCUUGGUGCUGGCGUUUCUUCAAGUUUUAUUGCAAAUGGAAUGGUUUUCAAACGAGGAGCUGAGGGAGAGGUUAAGCAGGCUACAAACGCGAAAGUCGCAAUCUUUGCUUGUCCUUUUGAUUUAACACAGACUGAAACAAAGGGCACUAUAUUGAUGAACACAGCAGAUGAUUUACUCAAAUUCAGCAAUACUGAAGAGGCUAGUGUUGAACAAAAAGUAAAGGAGAUGGCUGAGGCUGGUGUUUCUGUGGUCGUUGCUGCCGGAAAAUUUGGGGACCUUUACAUACAUUUUUUGAAUAAAUACAAAAUUAUGGGUGUCAGAUUGACGUCAAAAUUCGAUUUACGCCGUCUUUGCCUCACUUUGGGCGCGCAAGCCCAAGCUGUUAUUUGUGCUCCACCAGAGGAUUCUUUGGGGAAAUGUGACAAUGUUUUCAUUAAAGAAAUUGGAGAUACUCAGACAGUUAUUUUUGAUAAACAAUCAGCAACUUCCAAAGUGGUGACCGUCAUUGUAAGAGGCUCUUCUCAAUCUAUUUUGGAUGAUGUUGAACGUGCAAUUGAUGAUGGAGUGAAUACUUUUAAGGCGUUAACUAAGGACAAUCGGUUGUUGGCCGGUGCUGGUGCAACAGAAAUUGAAUUGUCUCGUCAAAUUCAACUCUUUGGAGAAACUCAAUCUGGACUCGAACAAUAUUCGGUUAGAAAAUUUGCUGCAGCGUUGGAUGUUUUACCUAAACAAUUGGCUGAAAAUUGUGGAAUGAAAACUACAGAGGCUUUGGCUAAUUUGUAUGCUGCUCAUCAAAAUGGUUCAAUUAAUGAAGGCAUUGAUGUUUUAAAUUCAAAAUUGGUUGAUGCUAAGGAAGCGAAAAUUUAUGAUUUAUUUAAUGGAAAAUUGUGGGCUUUAAAAUUGGCUACAAAUGCUGCUUGUAGUAUUUUGAAGAUUGAUCAGAUAAUUAUGGCUAAACCAUCUGGGGGACCUACUCCGAGAGGACCUAAAGCACAAGAUGAGGAAGAUGAUGAUGGUGCUGGAAUGGCUUGAAAUUAAUUUUUGAUAGAUGAAACAAUCAUAAUGUUGGUCAAGGACAUAAAAUGUUUGGUUUUUUUUAUUUUUGAAAAUUUCUUUUAAUUAAAAAUUGUUUGCCAUUUUUGUUAUGCAUAUUUUUUCGGAAUUUUUUUUCGAGUAAAUUUUGAAUCAAAAAAUUAUUUUGGAACAGAAUUUUUAGGUUGGGUUAAGUCACUAAAAGACACGAAAAAUUUA